GCGCCAUAGUGUUUGAAAACCAAAAACUUCAAAUUCAAACACAUUGGUUUCUAGUGGUACAUGAAAUAUUUUUAUUUGUUUCCAAGAACACAAUAAAUAAUUUUUGUUUAAAAAAUUAUAACAAAAAAAUAGAUACUUUUGAGCCAAUUUAUAAUCAAUAAGUGGAACAGUUUAUUAAUAUUUGUAAGGACAAAAAUGAGUGCUUUUCUAGGAGUAGUUUAUCCAUCUGGAUCUCUUUAUGUUGGAGAUCUUCAUCCAGACGUUACUGAAGCAGUUCUAUAUGAGAAGUUUAAUACGGUGGGUCCAGUCCUUUCACUAAGAGUUUGUCGAGAUGAAAGAACCAGGCAAUCUCUGGGAUAUGGCUAUGUAAACUACAGUUUGACCAUAGAUGCAGAAAGAGCUAUGGAUACCAUGAACUUUGAUUUGCUGAAAGGUAAACCUAUUCGUAUAAUGUGGUGCCAUCGUGAUCCUUCCCUAAGAAAAUCUGGAAUUGGAAACGUGUUUAUUAAAAACUUAGAUAGAAGUAUUGACAAUAAGGCCAUGUAUGAUACAUUUUCUGCGUUUGGAAAUAUUCUCAGCUGCAAAGUUGCUUUAGAUGAUAACGGCCUUUCAAAAGGGUACGGAUUUGUGCAUUUUGAAAAUGAGCAAGAUGCAAAAAAGGCUAUAGAAAAAGUGAAUGGUAUGUUACUCAAUGGUAAGAAAGUGUAUGCUGGAAAAUUUAUUCCUAGAGUGGAAAGAGAGAAAGAGCUUGGUGAACGUGCGAAACAAUUCACUAAUAUUUAUGUAAAAAAUUUUGGGUCCAUUAUGUCUGAUGAUAAGUUUUUUAACAUGUUUAAUAAGUUUGGUGAAAUCACAAGUUGUGUGGUGAUGAGACAUAUUGAUGGAUCAUCUAAAGGAUUUGGUUUUGUGGCCUACAGAGAAGCAAAAUCGGCACAUGCAGCUAUUGAAGAAUACAAUGGUAAAGAAUUUGAUGGAAAAGUGUUAUAUUUAGCAAGAGCACAGAAGAAAGUAGAGCGAUUUAAUGAACUAAAGAAGAAGUUUGAAAAGAUUCGCUUAGAACGUUAUGAACUCUAUCAAGGUGUUAAUCUAUACAUUAAAAAUUUGGAUGAUAGUUUCGACGAUGAAAGAUUACACAAAGAAUUUGCUCCCUAUGGUACUAUAACUUCAGCUAAAGUAAUGCGUGAAAAUGGUAGAAGUAAAGGUUUUGGCUUUGUCUGCUUUACAUCCACAGAAGAAGCUACUAAAGCUGUUGCUGAAAUGAAUGGAAAAAUGAUUGCAAACAAACCUCUCUAUGUGGGUCUAGCUCAAAGAAGAGAAGAACGCCGAGCAUACCUGAAUAGUCAGCAUCUUCAAAGAGCACAAGCAUUGAGGAUUCAAAAUGGUCUAACUUUCCCUACAACUACACCACCGUUUUUGUUUCCAACUGUUGCCCAAGGACCAAGGUUUUUCAAUCACAUUAAUUCCAUAAACCAUAUUAGACCAACGGCUCGUUGGCCCUCUGUUUCUAAUGCUAUCAGACCCAAUGGCACAUACAACUUAGCAUUACUAAAUUCUCCACAUAGAGCUACCUCUAGAACUUCAGUUAAUGUCCGCAAUUCUGCAAAUCUACGACCUAUUACUGGCCAACAAACUGCACCUAGACCUAACACCAAGUAUACUAACUCUUCCAAUACCUCUAUCAGUCCCAUGCAGCCAAGUAUCGGUAAUGGUGGAGAUCCCGUACAUCCAGUUAAUUGUAGGAUGCUAAGUAAUGCUUCUCCACAAGAACAGAAGCAAAUAAUUGGACAACAGCUGUAUAAUAUCGUAGGAAAAAAAUAUCCUGACACUGCUGGCAAAAUUACAGGAAUGUUAUUAGAAAUUGAUAAUUCUGAACUUCUUCAUCUCAUAGAAAACGAGGAAUCAUUGAAAGCCAGAGUUGAUGAGGCCAUUGCGGUGCUUCAAGCUCAUAAUGCUAGUAUUAAAAAGGAAAUCAUAGUGGAAGAUUAAUAGUUUUAUGCUAUAAGAUUUUAUUUAUUCUUUGUACUAUGCUUAAGUAAUUAGAUUUUGUGUUGUUGAUCUUUAUAAUAGUGUUGUUGAACUUAAAAUUGUACUAUUUUUCUAGUUGAAAAAAUUGGACAAAAACUAUUAUGUA